AUGCUUAAGUUGGCCCGUUGUAAAUUGGGAUAUUUGUAUGAGGUGGAGGAGAGGUACUGGGCUAUACAUGCUCGCACUCAGUGGCUCAGGGAGGGGGAUAGGAAUACGCGUUAUUUCUAUGUGAGAGUUUUGGGUCGAAGGAAGAAGAAUACUAUAGAAAAGCUGAAAGACGUGCAUGGCAUGUGGCAUGAUGAAAAGAAUGAAAUAUGUGAUAUUGCGUGGAACUAUUUCAACGACCUCUUCAAAUCCAGUGUUAACCCGGGGGAUGUCUAUGAUCUUCCUUUUAUCCCUAUUUGCGUUACUGACGGCAUGAAUCGUAGGUUAAGUAGGGAGUUCACUGACGAGGAAAUUUUGAUGGCUUUUAAUCAAAUGGACCCCCAGAAGGCUCCAGGGAUUGAUGGGAUCUUUGGAAGCUUUUUCAAAGAUCAUUGGCAGACGGUGGGAAAAUAUGUUUUAAAGUUGUGUCAUGAUAUUCUUAAGGGGAGAAAUAAUGUUUCCUGUCUAAACAAAACUUUGCUUAUAAUGAUUCCUAAGGUUAAUGAGCUGUGUGUUAUGGCUAACUUUCGCCCAAUUAGCCUUUACAGGGUCAUUUAUAAGAUUAUUUCGAAGGUUCUGGCUAAUAGGCUCAAAGAGGUCCUCCCCUACUGUAUUAGUCACAAUCAGAGCGUCUUUGCGCCUGGCCGGAUGAUCCAUGAUAACGUGCUGAUCACCCAUGAACUUAUGCAUUAUCUCCGUAGUUCUAAAAACGGUCCAAACAAAGGGAACAAUCGGAGUGAGGUGGAAACUUUCCUGAGGAUUUUGGAGAUGUUUGAGAAGAUGUCGAGCCAAAGAAUUAACUUGGAAAAGUCAAUGGUGUGCUUCAGCCCUAGUACGCCUUUAGCUCAGAGGAUGACUACAAGUAGCUUACUCAAAAUGAGGUUGGUAGAAAUGUUGGACAGUUACCUUGGGCUAUCUAUACUAGUCGGUAAAAAGAAAUCUGGUGUUUUCAAAAACAUCCUUGACCACAUUGCCAAUAGAAUAAACAGGGUGAUUGAGGAGAUUCAAUCCAUGAUGCAUCGGGUCUGGUGGGGAGGCAGGGAGCAGAAUAGAGGGUGGAACAUAUUGGCCUGGGGUCGUAUGUGCUAUCCCAAAGGCAUGGGAGGUCUCGGGUUCAGAGAUCUUUGGCUCUUCAAUGUGGCUCUCUUGGGACGACAAGUUUGGCGUCUCAUCCACUGUACGGAUACUUUGUGCUAUAGGGUGUUGAGCUCAAAAUAUUUUCUCGACGGUGAUGUUUUUCAUCCAAAAAGCCUGGACAAACCGUAUUUCAUGUGGCAAAACAUCGCCAAGGCUACUAGGGUGCUAUACGAGGGCUUCGACUGGAAUAUUGGAAACAAGAGGAAUAUUAAUAUUUGGACUGAUAAUUGGGGUUUUGAAGGGCUGCCGAGUUCGUCCAUUCGUAUUAAAAGAAGGAUGGCCCCCGAGAAUAAGGUAUGUGAGCUACUUAAUGAGAGUAAGGAUGGGUGGAAUGAGAAUAGGAUCCUAGAGCUCUACGGUGAGAGUUUGAGGGACCAGAUUUGUAAAUUAACCAUUCUUCAUAAUGGCCAUGACGACCAGCGGAUGUGGUUCCAUAACCCUAAUGGUUUUUUCUCUUCUAAAUCGGCUUACUCCUGGCUAAUUCUUAAGCAGGUUGGGUACGGCCCGCACAGGUUUUUCCGGAAAUUUAUGUGGAAGCUCAAGACGCUUCCUAAGAUUCAUAUUUUUUGCUGGAGGUUGGGUCACGAGAUCCUUCCCACGUUUGACAAAAUUGCGAGCAUUCGUAGUCACUUCAACAACAUGUGCCCGAGAUGUGGUAAUGAUAAGGAAACUAUCAUUCAUACGCUGAAGGACUGCCCGGAGGCUAAGGCAGUUCUGGAGUACGGGGGCAUUAACAACAAUCUCCUUGUGGAGAAUUAUUCUCGCUGUAUCGACUAG